AUGGCAUAUCCAGUCCGUGCCUUUUGGCUCGCGCCUCUUCUCGUUCUCAUUGUGCCACUUGUGCUGCUGAACUGGAGGAUAUCACCUCCGACUAUACCGGCCUUCGAAGUGCGUGACAUGCAAAAUGAGUCUCUGUCCAGUCUGAGUCACGAGUCACAGGAAGGCUACCAGCUGAGUUCAUGUAUUCGGCGAGGUGAACGAGUGUGGAAUCUUGGGGUUGACAUUGGCACAUCGUGCAUCAUCAUCGCCAAGCUGUCGGGAAACUCUACCGGAACUGUUUGUGUCGAGCCAAACAUGCUUGUCCUUCCAAAGGCGCGAGAAAACCUAGCGAGGAAUGCAGUCGGAGAUGUCCAUGUGGUUAGCGGCUUGGUUGCCGACGCAGCCCAUUGCCCUGAGUCAGUACCGUUUUACGGGGUCGACGAAGAGCUCAAUGCUGAGACCGGAACUGCAGCGCGGCUUCCCCGUGAGAUGUCCUAUGAAGGAAUGAGCUAUAGCGUUGAGAGCUGUUACAGUCUGCCGUACCUGGCAUCAAGGUUUGGCACGCCUGCUGUGCUAUUUGCUGAUUGUGAGGGCUGCCUGCCAAACAUCUUCCGGCAGUUCCCGUCGUUUUUCCGCAGGCGAGAGCUUCGGAUGAUAAUCUACGAAAUGGAUGGGGAUCACCUCGCUUACAAUAAGUUUCAUGAAGCUCUGGUAGAGGCUGGGUUCAAGCUGUUGGAGUUCGGUUUCGUGUGCGUGUGGUCGCGGGAGCUGAUGCCCGUCCUGAACUUAUGGCCAGUGUACCACAAGCUCUUAGCCCCCAGCAUCAUCACCUUCUUGCUGGAUCUGCUCAUGGCUUGCAUUCUUCCAGCUCGCUUGGCAACAGUGCCAUUCUGGCGUUUCCUUUCCAUCUCACACUGCAUUGACGGCGCCUUCUGCGAGCCUGGGGGUGUCUUGACGCGGUGCAUGCUGGCACCGCUCUGCCAGGGCGACGGCAACGUUCGCGACUGGCGUCUGUUUGGCGGAUUGUACUACCCGAGCGACUGGAUAAAGCCACGACAUGAGUUGUCGAGCUGGUCAAAGCACGGUUUCUACACUCUCAUGAAGUGGUUCUUUCUCCUAGCCCUGAUCGCUUGGCCAGCGGCUCUACAUGCUUCGGAGUCAGAGAGGGCAGCGCUCAGGUUCAUGGGCAUUAUCUUCACUGCCAGCCUGGUGGCUGGAUACCUUCUGGCGGAGAUCUGCGGCCAGUUCGGGUAUCCGGGUGAUCCUGAGAUGUUCAUCUGGAUGGUCUCGGUACUGGCUACGGUCGCCUUGUCUCUUUGGGCCAUUCAGUCACUGCCACGGAAAGCUGGUCGAGAGGGUUCUAGCGCUGUUUGA